UCCUCGAAGUAGUCGCUGCACGAUUUUACAAAUGUAAUGUUUGAUACAUCAAAUGAGAUAUGUAAAACUUAAUAAAUUAGAAAAACUCGAUAUCUUUGAUAAUUUAAGUCGGACAAUGCCGCGUACACCUUUGAACAGCGUCUGCAAGAGCGAUCUCGUUACCUGCGAACGUCGUACAUCAUCUAACAAAAUAUUGAAUCAUAAAUCGACGACUAUGAUCGCUCGUAAAGUCAAUUCGCUGAGAAUGCACGACCCCAAUCGCCUCGUGGGCGGUGCGGAUGUUCCUGAAGAACGUACACCUGAACCUGAACCUGAACCUAAAGCUGAAACAGAACCUGUGAAUGCUUCGUUAGAACUUGAUACCAAAAUAUCACAACCACCAUCACCCUCAGAUUCACCGUCUACACUCGUACAAGACACCGUGCAAUCGGAAGUUGAAGCUAAAGAUUCUGAAGACAAGCAGCCCUCCCCCGCAAGUGGUCCCUGCUGCGUCUGUGUUUCACAGACAUCAGGAGUAGUCAGGGACAGGAAAGUAGAUGAAAUAAUUGAGUACGUGCAUCAGAAUCUCGAAGAGGCCGUCAAAGCUCUGGCAACUUUGGGCGAGAACUUCGAACAUGAUUUAAAGCUGAUGUUUGUCGACAUCCUGGGCCGAAUUCAACAGUGGAGCGGUAUAGUGCAGAACAAACUUGGCUCUUGUAAAAAUGAGGUCAACAAUUUAAGUAAGGAAUUAUUGGCUCGGGCAUGCGAAGUGGCAGAUCUCAAAGCUCAAAUAGCAGAUUACCAGAAUAAACUAACAUCGAGAGUGAAUGGUCAACCGCGAAGAAAUGAUAAACGGCGAACAAAUAAUCAAUUGAAAGAACAAUAUAAUCUCGAAACAACACUCAAGGAAGUAGGAGAAGAUAAGAAAUACGAUGAUAUUGCGGAAGAAUUAGAUAAAGAAAAGAUUGAAGAGAUCGUCGAGAGGACAGAAGAUGAAGAGGAGGAACGGGAAAGAAGAGACACAGAGGAAGAAUGGGAGAGAAAAGAAAUAGAAGAACAAGAAAGGAGAGAAACAGAGGAAAAGAAAUCUGCGAGAGACAGAAAGACAAAAGAAGACAUUUUCACGACUGUGUCGGUGCAAACUAUAGCGCAGGAAAAGGAGAGGAUUAGACGCGAGUCCGAGCUUGAGACCGAGAUUUCUCAGCUUCGAAAGGAGAAUGACAGAAUCAUGAAGGAACGAGCGGAAUAUGAAAACGCGAUUCAGCGGGCGCUACUGCGAGGAGUGUCGUCCUUAAACGUCGAGGCAUUGAGGGUCCUUCGUUGUCCCCCGAUACCCUGUUGUGUUCCUUGCGCUCCGUGUCCAGCGACUGCAAUCGUUCCACCCGAACCCGUCGUAUCGUGUCCCAUGAGAAAUAAAAAGAGGCGUCCGGAAUCCGCUACCGCGACGAUCUGUAGUAAGACCUCGAACGAUAGAAACGAUAGAAAGAACGAGCAUCAGGCUUACAGCACGACAAAACGAUCCUGCGGCACUCCUUGCUGUUCCUCCAUUCCGGCCAGAAGCCGAAAGCUCACGGACAGCAACAUGUUUCUUCUCCUUCGUCAGAGUGACGCGGCAAACCUGCGCGGUCCUGACAAGAGCACGACGACGGUAUGCGAAUCACCAGUUAUGGGAAACAUUGAGAUACCGCUGUUACCGAAAUUUGGUAUGUAACAUUCACAGAAAUUCAUGCAUGUUACAUUUUAAAUUAUUAUAAAAAAAAGUGUCAAAUAUUGUGUCGUUAUUACACUUGUGUGUCGAUACGUGUUUGGUAAGUGAUUCGAGACUCGGAGGAAGGAAAGAGAUGGUGCGAAAGCAACGCCGUUAUCGAAAAUAUAAAUAUAACUUUAUGAAAUAGUAUCAGAAAAAUAUUACAAAUAUUGAACAUUCACUUUCACAAGUAAUUUGAACAUUUCUUUCCGCUUGUGCGCGUUAGAAAGUAUAAUCGGAGAAUAUACUGAAGCUCAGUAUCACUUCAGUCUGUUGAGGCAGGAAGUUUCGAAUCACAUAUUCUAACGUAAAUCGUUAUACGCAUACAUAACAAACUAACUGCACGUUAUCGUUGUCGUCGUUAUAAUGUAACGAAAUGUCCGAUUUCGACGCGAAUACAUUCGCGCUGGCCGCGAAUGCACCAAGUAAAAUGCAACGGCAGAUAACGUAUGUCCUACGUGAAUUUUCACGUGUAAUCUUUGUUAAUUUUCACGUGAAUUUUCACGUGUAAUCUUUGUCAAUUUUCGUGAGAGAUUUCCCCGGAUAAUUACUCAAGUAAAUAAAAUAGCUGUAUAAAUUACUUAUAAUCCACUGUCGCGUGGUUUCGCUUACACGAGAAAAAUGAACACAUAAAUUCGCGAUGAAUGAGCGCAACUCCGUGUGCGAAAUUAGUUAAUAAUGCGGAACACGCGACGCGUUGAUCGAAGAUAUCGAAACAAGUUAGUUCUACGCGAUCGCCAAGAUCAUUUCUCCGAAGGUAGCUCAAUUUUCCCCUCGGGGAACGUCUCGACGAACAGAUUAGGCAAAUGCGGUGUUGUAUACUUUGAGAACGAUGUUCGUCACGAUGCGCAGCGCAUGGCUGCAGCGGUGCGCAUUCCGCAACACUUUCGCGAGUCCUUUUACAAUUAAAUGCAAAUUAAAACUACGGAAUGAUCGCUCGCCUCGAAAAAGAGGAAUCUACGGGGUGUUCGGCGGAUAGGCACGUUCCUCGCACGCACCGAUAACACUCGUGUGCACAGACUAAGACGACAGAAGCGUCGAGAUUUUAACUGAAACAAAAGUGCCGAGAAAGCUGUCGAUAUCAUGGGAGAUGCUUAAAUUAUAUACGAACACUUAUCUAUAAAACUACUUAAAAAUUACCUAUCGACAAAUCUGUCUCUUAAUUAUCGAGCACCCCGUAUGGUAAACCAAAAUGAACGAUUAAAGUAAAAGUACUGAUGCCUGAACAGUGAUAAUACCGCUACUUAAUUCCGGACAUACUUAUUGUUUUGGUCUUCAAAUAUUGAUAUGUAUAUAUAUAAACUUUCAAUAUAAAAUACAUAUAUAUUAUAUAGAAUAUAUAUUGUAGAAUUAGGAAGAGAUACAGAGAGGAGAUGUAGGAUAGAAUGUGGGAUAAUCAUUUAGGAGUAUAGAUAAUAAGAAUAUAUAUACAUAUAUAUAUAUAUAUAUAUAUAUAUAUAUAUAUAUAUAUA